AUGUACGUACCCGUUUAUGGCAUCCUCGCUAGCAGCGCCAUGUCCGCGUGCUUCGCCGAGGUGAGAUCCGCGGCGUCUCUCGCCGCUCUGCCUCCCUCCGCCGCCUCGCAAACUCCCUCUUUGCGCGUUCCCGAUUCCCGUCGCCCCCGCGUGACCUCCUUUCUCGUGGCCUGCGCUGGGGUGACGCGCGUCUCGGGUAGCCAGCAGCCGCGUGGGCCAUUGCACCGCCCGUCCUCUCCUCUUCCCCGUUCCCCCCGCGACCACCCCCCCCCCUUCCCCUGCGCGCAGUUCUGCACGCUGCCCAUCGACACGGCCAAGGUGCGCCUGCAGCUGCAGGGCAAGCCGUCGGCGGGAGCGGGCGGAGCAGCGGGCGCAGUGAAGUACCGCGGGAUGGUGGGGACGAUGGGGACGAUCGCGCGCGAGGAGGGGCUGUCGGCGUUGUGGAAGGGGCUCGUGCCGGGGCUGCACCGCCAGUGCGUCUAUGGCGGCCUGCGCAUCGGCCUCUACGACCCCGUGAGUCACCCUCCAUGCGCCCUCUACCACCCCCCUCCAUGCGCCCUCUACGACCCCGUGAGUGUGCUGCAGUGCUGCAGUGCGGUGGCAAGGUGGCAGAGGCGGCGCCCAUGGCAGGGUGCGGUGGUGGGCAGGGUGCGGUGGGUGGGCAGGGUGCGGUGGUGGGCAGGGUGCGGUGGAAGGGGCUGUGAUGAGCGCCGACUUGCCACUUAUGUUCAAGCUUCUCUGCUCCUUGUGCUCCCAUGCCCACUGCUCCCUGCCCCCUGCCCUGUGCCCCGUGCCCUGUGCCCCCUGCCCUGUGCCCCCUGCCCUGUGCCCACUGCUCCCUGCCCCCUGCCCUGUGCCCCCGUGCCCUGUGGCCCCCUGCCCUGUGCUCCCCUGCCCUGUGCCCCGUGCCCUGUGCCCCGUGCCCUGUGCCCCCUGCCCUGUGCCCACUGCUCCCUGCCCCCUGCCCUGUGCCCCGUGCCCUGUGCCCCCUGCCCUGUGCCCCGUGCCCUGUGCCCCCUGCCCUGUGCCCCGUGCCCUGUGCCCCCUGCCCUGUGCCCCCUGCCCUGUGCCCACUGCUCCCUGCCCCCUGCCCUGUGCCCCCGUGCCCUGUGCCCCCUGCCCUGUGCCCCCUGCCCUGUGCCCCGUGCCCUGUGCCCCGUGCCCUGUGCCCCCUGCCCUGUGCCCACUGCUCCCCCUCCCCCCUGCCCUGUGCCCCGUGCCCUGUGCCCCCUGCCCUGUGCCCUGCUGUGCCCCGUGCUGCCCUGUGCCCCGUGCCCUGUGCCCCCUGCCCUGUGCCCCCCUGCCCUGUGCCCCGUGCCCUGUGCCCCCUGCCCUGUGCCCCCUGCCCUGUGCCCCGUGCCCUGUGCCCCCUGCCCUGUGCCCCCUGCCCUGUGCCCCCUGCCCUGUGCCCCCUGCCCUGUGCGCCCUGCCCUGUGCCCCCUACCCUGUGCCCCCUGCCCUGUGCGCCCUGCCCGUGGCAUGUGCGUGGUGGGGCGGACAGGUGAAGGCGCUGUUCGUGGGCAAGGACCCACACGGGCGACGUGCCUCUCACCGUCAAGAUCGCCGCCGGCCCUCACCACAGGUGCCGUGUCAUGGCCCCCUGCUCCCUCCCACCACCCCACCCGUGCUGCCCUGCUCGCACCCGUGCUAGACUGGGCGGUGGGCAUAUCAAUCGCCAACCCCACGGAUCUGGUGAAGGUGCGCCUGCAGUCGGAGGGGCGUCUGGCGCCCGGCACGCCCAAGCGCUACUCCGGUGCUCUCAACGCCUACGCCACCAUCGCCCGCCAGGAGGGCGUGGCGGCGCUGUGGACGGGUUCCCGGUUUUCUCUCUCACUGCUUUGCCCGUUCAUCUCACUCCGCACUCUUGCCUCUCUUCCUCGCCCCUCUCCUCCUGCUGUCUACCACCCCUGCCCUGCCUCUUGUGCCACUUGCAUACCAGGUGCAGGCACGGUGAAGUCGAGGGUGAUGGGCGACAGCAGCGGGCAGUACAAGGGCACGCUCGACUGCUUCCUCAAGACCUUCCGCAACGACUGCAAGCGCGCACCAGGUGAGCGGGCUGCAGUGCCACCAGGUGAGCGGGCUGCAGGGCCACGGCCCACUGUGGGCGGAGGCAGUGACGCCGUGUGGUACGUGGGGUGGGUGGGCGCGCCCAAGGGCUGCCUGGCGCCACUGUCCGCCAGGGGCGCUGGGAGCAGAGUGGGCGUGAUGGCGUUCUACAAGGGCUUCAUCCCCAACUUCGGCCGCCUGGGCUCCUGGAAUGUCAUCAUGUUCCUCACGCUCGAGCAGGUGCGUUCCGCCCUCACGCUCGAGCAGGUGCGUUCCGCCCUCACGCUCGAGCAGGUGCGUUCCGCCCUCACGCUCGAGCAGGUGCGUUCCGCCCUCACGCUCGAGCAGGUGCGUUCCGCCCUCACGCUCGAGCAGGUGCGUUCCGCCCUCACGCUCGAGCAGGUGCGUUCCGCCCUCACGCUCGAGCAGGUGCGUUCCGCCCUCACGCUCGAGCAGGUGCGUUCCGCCCUCACGCUCGAGCAGGUGCGUUCCGCCCUCACGCUCGAGCAGGUGCGUUCCGCCCUCACGCUCGAGCAGGUGCGUUCCGCCCUCACGCUCGAGCAGGUGCGUUCCGCCCUCACGCUCGAGCAGGUGCGUUCCGCCCUCACGCUCGAGCAGGUGCGUUCCGCCCUCACGCUCGAGCAGGUGCGUUCCGCCCUCACGCUCGAGCAGGUGCGUUCCGCCCUCACGCUCGAGCAGGUGCGUUCCGCCCUCACGCUCGAGCAGGUGCGUUCCGCCCUCACGCUCGAGCAGGUGCGUUCCGCCCUCACGCUCGAGCAGGUGCGUUCCGCCCUCACGCUCGAGCAGGUUGCGUUCCGCCCCCUCACGCUCGAGCAGGUGCGUUCCGCCCUCACGCUCGAGCAGGUGCGUUCCGCCCUCACGCUCGAGCAGGUGCGUUCCGCCCUCACGCUCGAGCAGGUGCGUUCCGCCCUCACGCUCGAGCAGGUGCGUUCCGCCCUCACGCUCGAGCAGGUGCGUUCCGCCCUCACGCUCGAGCAGUGUGCGUUCCGCCCUCACGCUCGAGCAGGUGCGUUCCGCCCUCACGCUCGAGCAGGUGCGUUCCGCCCUCACGCUCGAGCAGGUGCGUUCCGCCCUCACGCUCGAGCAGGUGCGUUCCGCCCUCACGCUCGAGCAGGUGCGUUCCGCCCUCACGCUCGAGCAGGUGCGUUCCGCCCCUCACGCUCGAGCAGGUGCGUUCCGCCCUCACGCUCGAGCAGGUGCGUUCCGCCCCUCACGCUCGAGCAGGUGCGUUCCGCCCUCACGCUCGAGCAGGUGCGUUCCGCCCUCACGCUCGAGCAGGUGCGUUCCGCCCUCACGCUCGAGCAGGUGCGUUCCGCCCUCACGCUCGAGCAGGUGCGUUCCGCCCUCACGCUCGAGCAGGUGCGUUCCGCCCUCACGCUCGAGCAGGUGCGUUCCCGCCCUCACGCCUCGAGCAGGUGCGUUCCGCCCUCACGCUCGAGCAGGUGCGUUCCGCCCUCACGCUCGAGCAGGUGCGUUCCGCCCUCACGCUCGAGCAGGUGCGUUCCGCCCUCACGCUCGAAGCAGUUCCAAAACUCGGCAGGUGCGUUCCGCCCUCACGCUCGAGCAGGUGCGUUCCGCCCUCACGCUCGAGCAGGUGCGUUCCGGCCCUCACGCUCGAGCAGGUGCGUUCCGCCCUCACGCUCGAGCAGGUGCGUUCCGCCCUCACGCUCGAGCAGGUGGUUCCGCCCUCACGCUCGAGCAGGUGCGUUCCGCCCUCACGCUCGAGCAGGUGCGUUCCGCCCUCACGCUCGAGCAGGUGCGUUCCGCCCUCACGCUCGAGCAGGUGCGUUCCGCCCUCAGCUCGCGCAGGUGCGUUCCGCCCUCACGCUCGAGCAGGUGCGUUCCGCCCUCACGCUCGAGCAGGUGCGGUUCCGCCCUCACGCUCGAGCAGGUGCGUUCCGCCCUCACGCUCGAGCAGGUGCGUUCCGCCCUCACGCGAGCAGGUGCGUUCCGCCCUCACGCUCGAGCAGGUGCGUCCGCCCUCACGCUCGAUGCAGGUGCGUUCCGCCUCACGCUCGAGCAGGUGCGUUCCGCCCUCACGCCGAGCAGGUGCGUUCCGCCCUCACGCUCGAGCAGGUGCGUUCCGCCCUCACGCUCGAGCAGGUGCGUUCCGCCCUCACGCUCGAGCAGGUGCGUUCCGCCCUCACGCUCGAGCAGGUGCGUUCCGCCCUCACGCUCGAGCAGGUGCGUUCCGCCCUCACGCUCGAGCAGGUGCGUUCCGCCCUCACGCUCGAGCAGGUGCGUUCCGCCCUCACGCUCGAGCAGGUGCGUUCCGCCCUCACGCUCGAGCAGGUGCGUUCCGCCCUCACGCUCGAGCAGGUGCGUUCCGCCCUCACGCUCGAGCAGGUGCGUUCCGCCCUCACGCUCGAGCAGGUGCGUUCCGCCCUCACGCUCGAGCAGGUGCGUUCCGCCCUCACGCUCGAGCAGGUGCGUUCCGCCCUCACGCUCGAGCAGGUGCGUUCCGCCCUCACGCUCGAGCAGGUGCGUUCCGCCCUCACGCUCGAGCAGGUGCGUUCCGCCCUCACGCUCGAGCAGGUGCGUUCCGCCCUCACGCUCGAGCAGGUGCGUUCCGCCCUCACGCUCGAGCAGGUGCGUUCCGCCCUCACGCUCGAGCAGGUGCGUUCCGCCCUCACGCUCGAGCAGGUGCGUUCCGCCCUCACGCUCGAGCAGGUGCGUUCCGCCCUCACGCUCGAGCAGGUGCGUUCCGCCCUCACGCUCGAGCAGGUGCGUUCCGCCCUCACGCUCGAGCAGGUGCGUUCCGCCCUCACGCUCGAGCAGGUGCGUUCCGCCCUCACGCUCGAGCAGGUGCGUUCCGCCCUCACGCUCGAGCAGGUGCGUUCCGCCCUCACGCUCGAGCAGGUGCGUUCCGCCCUCACGCUCGAGCAGGUGCGUUCCGCCCUCACGCUCGAGCAGGUGCGUUCCGCCCUCACGCUCGAGCAGGUGCGUUCCGCCCUCACGCUCGAGCAGGUGCGUUCCGCCCUCACGCUCGAGCAGGUGCGUUCCGCCCUCACGCUCGAGCAGGUGCGUUCCGCCUCCGUCGAGCAGGCGUCGCCCUCACGCCGAGGUGCGUUCCGCCCUCACGCUCGAGCAGGGUGCGUUCCGCCCUCACGCUCGAGCAGGUGCGUUCGCCCUCACGCUCGAGCAGGGUGCGUUCCGCCCUCACGCUCGAGCAGGUGCGUUCCGCCCUCACGCUCGAGCAGGUGCGUUCCGCCCUCACGCUCGAGCAGGUGCGUUCCGCCCUCACGCUCGAGCAGGUGCGUUCCGCCCUCACGCUCGAGCAGGUGCGUUCCGCCCUCACGCUCGAGCAGGUGCGUUCCGCCCUCACGCUCGAGCAGGUGCGUUCCGCCCUCACGCUCGAGCAGGUGCGUUCCGCCCUCACGGCUCGAGCAGGUGCGUUCCGCCCUCACGCUCGAGCAGGUGCGUUCCGCCCUCACGCUCGAGCAGGUGCGUUCCGCCCUCACGCUCGAGCAGGUGCGUUCCGCCCUCACGCUCGAGCAGGUGCGUUCCGCCCUCACGCUCGAGCAGGUGCGUUCCGCCCUCACGCUCGAGCAGGUGCGUUCCGCCCUCACGCUCGAGCAGGUGCGUUCCGCCCUCACGGCUCGGGCUCGAGCAGGUGCGUUCGCCCUCACGCUCGAGCAGGUGCGUUCCGCCCUCACGCUCGAGCAGGUGCGUUCCGCCCUCACGCUCGAGCAGGUGCGUUCCGCCCUCCACGCUCGAGCAGGUGCGUUCCGCCCUCACGCUCGAGCAGGUGCGUUCCGCCCUCACGCUCGAGCAGGUGCGUUCCGCCCUCACGCUCGAGCAGGUGCGUUCCGCCCUCACGCUCGAGCAGGUGCGUUCCGCCCUCACGCUCGAGCAGGUGCGUUCCGCCCCUCACGCUCGAGCAGGUGCGUUCCGCCCUCACGCUCGAGCAGGUGCGUUCCGCCCUCACGCUCGAGCAGGUGCGUUCCGCCCUCACGAUCGGAGCAGGUGCGUUCCGCCCUCACGCUCGAGCAGGUGCGUUCCGCCCUCACGCUCGAGCAGGUGCGUUCCGCCCUCACGCUCGAGCAGGUGCGUUCCGCUCGAGCAGGUGCGUUCCGCCCUCACGCUCGAGCAGGUGCGUUCCGCCCUCACGCUCGAGCAGGUGCGUUCCGCCCUCACGCUCGAGCAGGUGCGUUCCGCCCUCACGCUCGAGCAGGUGCGUUCCGCCCUCACGCUCGAGCAGGUGCGUUCCGCCCUCACGCUCGAGCAGGUGCGUUCCGCCCUCACGCUCGAGCAGGUGCGUCGCCCUCACGCUCGAGCAGGUGCGUUCCGCCCUCACGCUCGAGCAGGUGCGUUCCGCCCUCACGCUCGAGCAGGUGCGUUCCGCCCUCACGCUCGAGCAGGUGCGUUCCGCCCUCACGCUCGAGCAGGUGCGUUCCGCCCUCACGCUCGAGCAGGUGCGUUCCGCCCUCACGCUCGAGCAGGUGCGUUCCGCCCUCACGCUCGAGCAGGUGCGUUCCGCCCUCACGCUCGAGCAGGUGCGUUCCGCCCUCACGCUCGAGCAGGUGCGUUCCGCCCUCACGCUCGAGCAGGUGCGUUCCGCCCUCACGCCUCGAGCAGGUGCGUUCCGCCCUCACGCUCGAGCAGGUGCGUUCCGCCCUCACGCUCGAGCAGGUGCGUUCCGCCCUCACGCUCGAGCAGGUGCGUUCCGCCCUCACGCUCGAGCAGGUGCGUUCCGCCCUCACGCUCGAGCAGGUGCGUUCCGCCCUCACGCUCGAGCAGGUGCGUUCCGCCCCCCUCACGCUCGAGCAGGUGCGUUCCGCCCUCACGCUCGAGCAGGUGCGUUCCGCCCUCACGCUCGAGCAGGUGCGUUCCGCCCUCACGCUCGAGCAGGUGCGUUCCGCCCUCACGCUCGAGCAGGUGCGUUCCGCCCUCACGCUCGAGCAGGUGCGUUCCGCCCUCACGCUCGAGCAGGUGCGUUCCGCCCUCACGCUCGAGCAGGUGCGUUCCGCCCUCACGCUCGAGCAGGUGCGUUCCGCCCUCACGCUCGAGCAGGUGCGUUCCGCCCUCACGCUCGAGCAGGUGCGUUCCGCCCUCACGCUCGAGCAGGUGCGUUCCGCCCUCACGCUCGAGCAGGUGCGUUCCGCCCUCACGCUCGAGCAGGUGCGUUCCGCCUCACGCUCGAGCAGGUGCGUUCCGCCCUCACGCUCGAGCAGGUGCGUUCCGCCCUCACGCUCGAGCAGGUGCGUUCCGCCCUCACGCUCGAGCAGGUGCGUCCGCCCUCACGCUCGAGCAGGUGCGUUCCGCCCUCACGCUCGAGCAGGUGCGUUCCGCCCUCACGCUCGAGCAGGUGCGUUCCGCCCUCACGCUCGAGCAGGUGCGUUCCGCCCUCACGCUCGAGCAGGUGCGUUCCGCCCUCACGCCUCGAGCAGGUGCGUUCCGCCCUCACGCUCGAGCAGGUGCGUUCCGCCCUCACGCUCGAGCAGGUGCGUUCCGCCCUCACGCCUCGAGCAGGUGCGUUCCGCCCUCACGCUCGAGCAGGUGCGUUCCGCCCUCACGCUCGAGCAGGUGCGUUCCGCCCUCACGCUCGAGCAGGUGCGUUCCGCCCUCACGCUCGAGCAGGUGCGUUCCGCCCUCACGCUCGAGCAGGUGCGUUCCGCCCUCACGCUCGAGCAGGUGCGUUCCGCCCUCACACUCGAGCAGGUGCGUUCCGCCCUCACGCUCGAGCAGGUGCGUUCCGCCCUCACGCUCGAGCAGGUGCGUUCCGCCCUCACGCUCGAGCAGGUGCGUUCCGCCCUCACGCUCGAGCAGGUGCGUUCCGCCCUCACGCUCGAGCAGGUGCGUUCCGCCCUCACGCUCGAGCAGGUGCGUUCCGCCCUCACGGCUCGAGCAGGUGCGUUCCGCCCUCACGCUCGAGCAGGUGCGUUCCGCCCUCACGCUCGAGCAGGUGCGUUCCGCCCUCACGCUCGAGCAGGUGCGUUCCGCCCUCACGCUCGAGCAGGUGCGUUCCGCCCUCACGCUCGAGCAGGUGCGUUCCGCCCUCACGCUCGAGCAGGUGCGUUCCGCCCUCACGCUCGAGCAGGUGCGUUCCGCCCUCACGCUCGAGCAGGUGCGUUCCGCCCUCACGCUCGAGCAGGUGCGUUCCGCCCUCACGCUCGAGCAGGUGCGUUCCGCCCUCACGCUCGAGCAGGUGCGUGUCCGCCCUCACGCUCGAGCAGGUGCGUUCCGCCCUCACGCUCGAGCAGGUGCGUUCCGCCCUCACGGCUCGAGCAGGUGCGUUCCGCCCUCACGCUCGAGCAGGUGCGUCAGCCCUCACGCUCGAGCAGGUGCGUUCCGCCCUCACGCUCGAGCAGGUGCGUUCCGCCCUCACGCUCGAGCAGGUGCGUUCCGCCCUCACGCUCGAGCAGGUGCGUUCCGCCCUCACGCUCGAGCAGGUGCGUUUCCGCCCUCACGCUCGAGCAGGUGCGUUCCGCCCUCACGCUCGAGCAGGUGCGUUCCGCCCUCACGCUCGAGCAGGUGCGUUCCGCCCUCACGCUCGAGCAGGUGCGUUCCGCCCUCACGCUCGAGCAGGUGCGUUCCGCCCUCACGCUCGAGCAGGUGCGUUCCGCCCUCACGCUCGAGCAGGUGCGUUCCGCCCUCACGCUCGAGCAGGUGCGUUCCGCCCUCACGCUCGAGCAGGUGCGUUCCGCCCUCACGCUCGAGCAGGUGCGUUCCGCCCUCACGCUCGAGCAGGUGCGUUCCGCCCUCACGCUCGAGCAGGUGCGUUCCGCCCUCACGCUCGAGCAGGUGCGUUCCGCCCUCACGCUCGAGCAGGUGCGUUCCGCCCUCACGCUCGAGCAGGUGCGUUCCGCCCUCACGCUCGAGCAGGUGCGUUCCGCCCUCACGCUCGAGCAGGUGCGUUCCGCCCUCACGCUCGAGCAGGUGCGUUCCGCCCUCACGCUCGAGCAGGUGCGUUCCGCCCUCACGCUCGAGCAGGUGCGUUCCGCCCUCACGCUCGAGCAGGUGCGUUCCGCCCUCACGCUCGAGCAGGUGCGUUCCGCCCUCACGCUCGAGCAGGUGCGUUCCGCCCCUCACGCUCGAGCAGGGUGCGUUCCGCCCUCACGCUCGAGCAGGUGCGUUCCGCCCUCACGCUCGAGCAGGUGCGUUCCGCCCUCACGCUCGAGCAGGUGCGUUCCGCCCUCACCGCUCGAGCAGGUGCGUUCCGCCCUCACGCUCGAGCAGGUGCGUUCCGCCCUCACGCUCGAGCAGGUGCGUUCCGCCCUCACGCUCGAGCAGGUGCGUUCCGCCCUCACGCUCGAGCAGGUGCGUUCCGCCCUCACGCUCGAGCAGGUGCGUUCCGCCCUCACGCUCGAGCAGGUGCGUUCCGCCCUCACGCUCGAGCAGGUGCGUUCCGCCCUCACGCUCGAGCAGGUGCGUUCCGCCCUCACGCUCGAGCAGGUGCGUUCCGCCCUCACGCUCGAGCAGGUGCGUUCCGCCCUCACGCUCAGAGCAGGUGCGUUCCGCCCUCACCUCGAGCAGGUGCGUUCCGCCCUCACGCUCGAGCAGGUGCGUUCCGCCCUCACGCUCGAGCAGGUGCGUUCCGCCCUCACGCUCGAGCAGGUGCGUUCCGCCCUCACGCUCGAGCAGGUGCGUUCCGCCCUCACGCUCGAGCAGGUGCGUUCCGCCCUCACGCUCGAGCAGGUGCGUUCCGCCCUCACGCUCGAGCAGGUGCGUUCCGCCCUCACGCUCGAGCAGGUGCGUUCCGCCCUCACGCUCGAGCAGGUGCGUUCCGCCCUCACGCUCGAGCAGGUGCGUUCCGCCCUCACGCUCGAGCAGGUGCGUUCCGCCCUCACGCUCGAGCAGGUGCGUUCCGCCCUCACGCUCGAGCAGGUGCGUUCCGCCCUCACGCUCGAGCAGGUGCGUUCCGCCCUCACGCUCGAGCAGGUGCGUUCCGCCCUCACCCUCGAGCAGGUGCGUUCCGCCCUCACCCUCGAGCAGUUGCGUUCCGCCCUCACCCUCGGGCAGGUGCGUUCCGCCCUCACCCUCGAGCAGUUGGAGCAGUGGUCCGCCCUCACCCUCGAGCAGGUGCGUUCCGCCCUCACCCUCGAGCAGGUGCGUUCCGCCCUCACGCUCGAGCAGGUGCGUUCCGCCCUCACGCUCGAGCAGGUGCGUUCCGCCCUCCAGUCAACCGCGCUGCCCUCCUCUCCAUGCACCACACAUUCUCUGCCCUCCAGGACACGCACUGCCCACGCUCACUCUAGUCACAUCCUCUCGAAACUCCGCACUCACAUCCAGUCUGCAUUCACGCUAGCCACGUUCUGUUGA